AACGAAAGCGGGCAUCAUUCACUACAGCCGAGGCGCGGGCGGUGCGCGCGUUCGCUGUAGAUAAAUGUGUUUCGUAAAUUGAACGUAAACAAUGAAUGUAGUGUCUCUCGCGGUGUGGACCUUGGAGCAGCACUGCUACCUGGUGUAUGCGGCGUUGGGGGCGUGCUUCCUAGCGCUUUCGGUGUACCACAGGGGUCCAUUAAUGCCGAGGAAUCGACGGGAGCGGAGGCAGGAGUCUGGGCCUGGGGGAGAGCCUGCCCCCCGGCGCGACUCUGACUCGGACUCAGACCCCGACCUCACCCCAGCGCUGCCGCUCGCCCCGCACGUGCGCUACUCCCCCCCGCGCCGCAGCGACGCGGAGCUGGUCCAGCGGUCGAGAGAGUUCCACGAGCUGAUGGCGCGGCGCCGCACCGUGCGGGCCUUCAGCGCCGAGGAGAUACCGCGGGAGGUGCUGGAGAACGUCGUGAGGACAGCUGGCACAGCUCCAUCAGGGGCUCACACGGAGCCGUGGACCUUCGUGGUGGUCCGCGACGCGUCCACCAAGGCAGCCAUCCGGGACAUCGUGGAGGAAGAAGAGGAGCUGAACUACUCACAGCGCAUGUCCCGGCAGUGGGUCGCUGACCUCAAGCCCUUCGCCACAAGGCACAUCAAGCCGUACCUCACCGAGGCGCCAGCGCUGCUGCUGGUCUUCAGACAGACACACUCGUUUAGGGAGGAUGGAAAGAAGAAGAUGCAUUAUUAUAGCGAGAUCAGUGUGGCGAUCGCCGCUGGCUUCAUACUUGCUGCAAUCCAGUACUGCGGUCUGGUGGCGCUGACGUCGACUCCGCUGAACUGCAACUCUCGCAUCCGCGCGCUGCUGCGACGGCCGCCCAGCGAGCGGCUCGAGCUGCUGCUGCCCGUGGGACGCCCCCACCCCGAGGCCACGGUCCCAGACCUGCACAGGAAGCCCUUGCAGGAUAUCAUGGUUAUGAUCUGAGUUGUGUAGUUAUUUUUAUGAAGGUGGUGUUGAUUUAAGUGGAAAGCUGAUGAGUUAAACCGUGGUGCUGAUUGAAUUAAUUAUGCGAUACAGGGUAUUAAAAUGUAUACGAUUUAGAUUAAAAGUAAACUGUAUAUUGUUUAUAGAAUUCUUCUUUACAAAAGAAUCAUAACAAUCACGUAGAUUUUGUAAACGUAUAAUAAAAAUAUUACUACAAAUAAA